CUUUUCAGCAGGGCAUUGUUCAAAAUGAAGACCACAUUGUCCCAUUUUUUAUUAAUUUCUAUUCCUGUAUUAAUAUCCUCUGAUUUCAUAUUAACAGAAGUAGACCAUCAUAAGAGUGAUUAUGUGAAUCCUUGGUCAAAUGUUUUGAAGCUGUCCCAAAGAACACUGAAGAAGAGGAGCACAGCGGACGGCAGAGCAAAACCUCAGAGGGAGCUUGAAAUCUACAGCAUGAAGAUCAAUUCCAAAGUAACAUCACGAUUUGCUCACAAUGUGAUAAUUAGUCGAGUGGUAAAUCGAGCUAAUGCAUCGAGGGAAGCCUUCUUUGAGAUAGAGCUACCCACAACAGCCUUCAUCACCAACUUCAGCAUGACUCUGGAUGGAAUGACAUAUGUGGGAGCUGUGAAAGAGAAAGAAGUGGCCCGGCAACAGUACCAACAUGCAGUUUCACAGGGACGGACAGCGGGGAUUGUGAAGAAAUCAGGAAGACAAACGGAAAAGUUUGAAGUAUCAGUAAAUAUUGGACCAACCAAAAAAGUCACAUUUGAAUUAACUUAUGAAGAAUUAUUAAAACGUAACCUGGGGAAAUAUGAAAUGAACAUCCAAGUGAAACCCAAGCAGCUUGUCAAUCACUUCCAGAUUGAUGUACACAUUUUUGAACCACAAGGCAUUUCCUUUCUGGAUGUUGAUUCCAGUUUCCUAAUAAAUAAUAUGACUUCCCUCGUAAAAAAGACUCUAAGCAGAACAAAGGCACAUGUUUCCUUCAAACCAACACUUCAACAACAGCGCAAAUGCCCUGAUUGUCAUGAUACAAUUCUGGAUGGAAGCUUCAUGAUACGUUAUGAUGUCAAUAGAGAUCUGUCUGCUGGCAGCAUUCAGAUUGUAAAUGGAUAUUUUGUACAUCAUUUUGCACCUGCUAACUUAACCAGGAUUCCAAAAAAUGUUAUAUUUGUGAUAGACCACAGCGGAUCUAUGUCAGGGACUAAAAUGCAACAGACAAAUGACGCCCUUUUAAAAAUACUAGAUGAUAUGGACAAAAUGGAUAAUUUUGCCAUUAUAAUAUUUGAUCAUGCUUAUGAAACAUGGAGGGAUUCCCUACUUCAAGCAAGUGAAGAACAUGUGGCUGCAGCUAAAAUGUAUGUGAAAACAAUUUCAGCCAAAGGAGCAACAAAUAUAAAUGAUCCCAUGCUGAAAGCAGUGAGACUUCUGGACAAGGCCCAUCAAAAAAAGCAACUGCCUGAAAGAAGCGUCUCCAUGAUUAUUUUGUUAACUGAUGGUAAUCCAAUUCUGGGGGAAUCAAAUCUCAAAAACAUCCAGGAAAAUGUCAAAGGAGCUGUAAAAGACAGGUACAAUGUGUAUGCCCUUGGGUUUGGUUAUGAUGUUAAAUUCAGCUUUCUGGAAAAAUUGGCACUGGAUAAUAACGGUAUAGCACGGCGAAUUUAUGAGGAUUCAGAUGCUACCUUACAGCUCCAGGGUUUUUAUGAUGAAGUGGCUAACCCCUUGCUUCUGGAUAUUGAAUUGCAAUACUCAGAGAAUGCCAUUUCAGAAUUAACUCAAACCAGUUUUAGACAGUAUUACGAUGGGUCAGAAAUUGUUGUGGCUGGUAAGAUUUCAGACAGCACCCUGGAAUCACUCACAACAGAGGUUGUGGCUCAAACUGGCAAUGAGAACCUGAUCUUAAAAGCUGACGUGAAUAUACCAGAGGCUGAGAAUAUUAUUCAACAACAGCAAUACAUUUUUGGUGACUUUACUGAGCGACUAUGGGCUUAUUUGACCAUACAACAACUCUUAAAGAGGCGGAUUUCUUCAGGUGAAAAUGAAGCGAAAUACCUAACAGCUAGAAUCCUGGAACUUUCACUGAAGUACAGCUUUGUUACACCACUAACAUCAAUGGUAGUCACAAAACCAGAAGAUGCAAAGAAUGAAACCCUCGUGGCUGAUAAACCGUCAGAAAGUAAAAAGGUCAGGCCACAAAGACGACUGCAUAACAGAAAAAUGACAGCAAUGGGGACUACACCACAAUCUGGACGAUUUGGGUCUGCUCGAUCAGGGAGGUUUAGAUCACACAGUCGAUCAUUUGGGCCUGCUCGAUCAAGCAGACCCUUGAAGGCUGAAAGUAAAACAUCAGCAGCUACACAAUCUGACUUGCUGGUUCGGAGUCAACCAUUUCAUUCAGGUCCGAACCGGAAAACCACACGUCCAAGAAGUAAAGGAUUAUCCAUGGCACCAAUGAUGAACUUGUUUGAGACAUAUCUAGCAAAAGCACCUGAUAUUAUACAAGACCAUUACUAUCUUACAAUAGUUGACAGUGACCCCCCAUUUCAUCACGUCAGUCAAUAAUCACAAAGAUACUGUUUGUUUCAACAUUGAUGGGAAGCCAGGUGCGAUUCUAAAUCUGAUCAUGGACCCAUAUACAGGUUUCAUGGUAAACGGCCAGUUGAUAGGAGAGAAGAAGACAGAAAAGAAUAAGAAAAUAAACACAUACUUUGGAAAGUUUGGAAUUGUGAACAACAUGAUGGAUAUAAAAGUUGAAGUAUCGACUCAAGAGAUUACAGUCUUUC